CGCAGACGGAGCGGAGCGGCGGCGGCGGCGCGGCGCAGGGCGCGGGGCGGCAUGGCCACCACCGCGCAGUACCUGCCGCGGGGCCCCGGUGGCGGAGCCGGGGGCACCGGGCCGCUCAUGCACCCGGACGCUGCGGCAGCAGCGGCGGCGGCGGCGGCCGCCGAGCGACUGCACGCAGGGGCCGCGUACCGCGAAGUGCAGAAGCUGAUGCACCACGAGUGGCUGGGCGCGGGCGCGGGCCACCCCGUGGGCCUAGCGCACCCCCAGUGGCUACCCACCGGAGGAGGCGGCGGCGGCGACUGGGCUGGCGGCCCGCACCUAGAACACGGCAAGGCAGGCGGCGGCGGCACCGGCCGAGCCGACGACAGCGGCGGCGGCGGAGGUUUCCACGCGCGCCUGGUGCACCAGGGGGCGGCCCACGCGGGCGCGGCAUGGGCGCAGGGCAGCACGGCGCACCACUUGGGCCCGGCCAUGUCGCCGUCGCCCGGGGCCGGCGGGGGCCACCAGCCCCAGCCGCUCGGGCUGUACGCGCAGGCGGCCUACCCGGGGGGCGGCGGCGGCGGCCUGGCCGGGAUGCUGGCGGCGGGCGGUGGCGGCGCGGGGCCGGGCCUGCACCACGCGCUGCACGAGGACGGCCACGAGGCGCAGCUGGAGCCGUCGCCGCCGCCGCAUCUGGGCGCCCACGGACACGCACACGGACAUGCACACGCGGGCGGCCUGCACGCGGCGGCGGCGCACCUGCACCCGGGCGCGGGCGGCGGCGGCUCGUCGGUGGGCGAGCACUCGGACGAGGAUGCGCCCAGCUCGGACGACCUGGAGCAGUUCGCCAAGCAGUUCAAGCAGCGGCGCAUCAAGCUGGGCUUCACGCAGGCCGACGUGGGGCUGGCGCUGGGCACGCUCUAUGGUAACGUGUUCUCGCAGACCACCAUCUGCCGCUUCGAGGCCCUGCAGCUGAGCUUCAAGAACAUGUGCAAGCUCAAGCCGCUGCUCAACAAGUGGCUGGAGGAGACCGACUCGUCCAGCGGCAGCCCCACCAACCUGGACAAGAUCGCGGCGCAGGGCCGCAAGCGCAAGAAGCGCACGUCCAUCGAGGUGGGGGUCAAAGGCGCGCUCGAGAGCCACUUUCUCAAGUGCCCCAAGCCCUCGGCGCACGAGAUCACCGGCUUGGCCGACAGCCUGCAGCUGGAGAAGGAGGUGGUGCGCGUCUGGUUCUGCAACCGGCGGCAGAAGGAGAAGCGCAUGACCCCUGCGGCCGGCGCGGGCCACCCGCCCAUGGACGAUGUUUACGCGCCUGGGGAGCUAGGGCCCAGCGGGGGCGGCGCAUCGCCACCCUCGGCGCCCCCGCCGCCCCCGCCGGCGGCGCUGCAUCACCACCACCACCACACACUACCCGGCUCUGUGCAGUGACCCCGCGGGCCGGGCCCCCGCCGGCGCGCUGCAGGGCGCGGACGCGCAGCCCGCCCGCGCGGCCUGGACUCUUUUUGUUCCGUUGCUUUGGAUUUUACAAAAAAAAAAAAAAAAAAAAAAAAAAAAAAAAAACGCCCAGAAACUUUCGAACAAAACCAAACACCCGGACGACCCUCUCCGGUGAGCGGCGAAGACGGCUAGUACGCUGCGUCGCCCGAACCCCGGGAGAGAGGAGCGAAGAUCCGGAACUCGCCAACUCACCCCGGGCAUCCUGCCCGUCGCCUGCUCUCUGCCCCCAUCCCCUCGACGACCCCCGCCCCUGCCCCCCGGGCUGUUCGGGGCCGGAUCCCGGCAGCGGCCUCCCCAAAGCGACAGGUAACGCGGUGCGGGGUUAGGGAUUCCCCGGGAGAGAGGACGAAGCGAGGAGAGUUCUCCAUCCCCUCUCCCGGCGUGGACUCCUGAGCCUGCGGGUCCAGGGUGGGGGGGGGCUGUCACUUUAUUCGCUACAAGCCUCUUCUCUCCUAUAAGGAUGCGCCCCACCCCCUUUUCCCCUUUCUCCGGGCUUGGUUUUUUACGGUUUUUAUUUAUUCGUGGAGCCUCUCGGCUCCUGGGGUCCUUCUAACUCCGCCCGCGCCCUUAAUUUAAAUCGCUGUAUACUGUAUUUAUCGGGGCCCCGGAGGGGAGGUCGCGAGAGCCGCGUCUGUGUAUAAAAGCAGGAAAUAGCCAAAGCUUUAAUCUAGCCUAAUUUAUUUUUCCCUUUAUCUUUCCCUACCCUCCCCUCAAAAAAAAA